AUGUUGUUCGAGAAACUCAAGAUUUAUAAUACUCCUGCCAAAUUAUUGGAAAAAUUACGUGAAGUUCGUAAAAUUUAAGAAACAGAAGAGAAAGAAGAAGUCAAUAGGGUCUCAAAAAUCUAAAAAACUGAACCUUCUACAGAGAGAUACCUUGUUAGAUAAUUAAGCUUUUAACAUUCUUGGAAUUCUUUAACUCAUAAAUCUCCUAAUUUGAAAUCCUUAGCUGUUAAAUCAUAAGUAGAUAUAUUUAAAAUGCAUAUACCAUCUCCUAAAUUGUGUUCAUAUGGUCGUUUAACUGAUAUUUCAACCUAACAAAAAAGAUAAAUAAAAACAACUUAAGAUGACGAUAGUAUAGAGUUGAGAGACUUAUAAAAGAAUUUAGAAUAGGAAACAAUAUAAGAACUUUAUCAUGAAGAUUAAAAACAAAUUGAGUAAUUAAAUGAGGAAGCAUAAGUAUUAUCAGAGAGACUAGCAUUUAAAGAAGAGAAAAGUCCUAUUCGUCCGUUUUAAAGAAAGCAUCAUUAACCUUAAUUAACAAAAUAGCCUUAAAGACGUGGUGGAACUGUAAUAGCUGCUACAAAGUUAGAGGAAUUAAAAAAGAAUUAGCCACUGUUAUAUAGUGAAUAGAAAGAAACACCAUUUGAUGAUUUAUCUGAUAGAGGAAAGUUCUUGAAGAAUUACAGAUUAGGAAAGUAUGUGUUUUGUUUCAAUCUACUCUUAGCAAGCAUCUAUAGAAAAUUAAUUAGAAAGAAUUUAGAAGUGUGACCAAAAACUAUGAGAAACUUGAAGACUAUGCGGAAUUCUAUAAACAAUAACCAAACAUUUAUCUUUAAUUAAAUAAGAGUUCAUAAAGUAAAUAAUAUUUUAUAUAUCUUUUAGAACAUAACGUAUUUUAAACAGGAUUAGGUUUGAUAAAUUCAAAUUAUACAAUAUAGACUGCUGAGUCAUAAGGAAUGUUAAGGAAUGAAUAAAAAAUAAAAGUAUUUACAGAGGUUUUAUAAUCACCAUAAUGUAAAACAAUAACUGAUUUAAAAUUGAGUCAUAAUUAAUUGACAUCUCCAAGGAUUAAAACUUUGGUUUAGAAUUUUCCAACUCAAGUAUAAGAUUUGAAUCUUGAUAAUAAUGGGAUAGAUUCAAAAGGUUGUGAAUUUUUAUCCAAGUACUUAUUAAAAUCAAGAGUAAAGAAAUUAUCGCUUGAAAAUAAUAAGAUAGGUGAUUAAGGAGCUAAUUAUUUAUUUUAAGCUUUAUUGGAGAAUGAUUACUUGAUACUUUUAAAUUUAAGUCGAAAUAAUUUAACUGGUAUUAAAUUGUAUUUAAUUUAGAUGGUUGUUCUAUUGAAUUAUCAAAUUAUUUAAAAAAAUCAAAUAUGAUUUAUGAAUUAUAUUUGCAUUUUAAUUCAAUAGGUAACAAAGGAGGUUUGAGUAUAUGGAAAGCUUUAUAUAAGAAUUCAAGUGUUAAAGUUUUUGAUAUUUCAUACAAUAGAACAGCAUCAUUUGAAUGUGCUUAAUAGAUGGCAAAAGUGAUAGCAAAACCUUAUCCAGAAUUAAUGCAUAUAGAUAUUUCACAUAAUGGAUUUGAUGAACCAUCUGCAAAUGAAAUAAUGAAAGCUUUAAAUUCUAAUUAAAAUAUAUAUGGAUUUCAUUUUGAAGGAAAUUGUCCAAAAUUUAUGGUAGAUGCAACUGGUCAUCUUAGAAAUUAAGAACAAGAAGAAUAAAUUAGAUAAAAGAAAAUUGAAUAAUGUAGAAAGAAUCCUUAAACAUCUUUACGUUUUUUAGAUGAUGAUAUAAAACAUGAACCAAAAUAGAUUACAGAUAAAAAAUAAGAAAAUAUUUAAUAAGUACAUAGAUUUAGAAGAAUAUGGGGAAUGAAACCUGUGAAAUAAAAUUAAAAUUAUGAUAAAAAUAGAGAUUCUUGUUGGAUUUGUGAAGGUUGGGAAGAAGUUAAAUUUACAUGGAGUCCAGGGAAAUCAGGUGGAAUGAAUAAUGAUCCUAUAUUUUUACAUGUAAAUUUUGAUGGAUAUCGUCCAGUAUUAAUGAGUCCACAUUAAGGUGAAUAUCAUUUAUAUAGAAUGUGUCCUCCAAAUUAAAAGAUUUUAUAUUUUUUUAGUAAUCCUAUUUUGGGAAUAUAAACAACAGCAAAGAAUUAAAUGAUUAUGUAAACUCCUGCAAAUGAUCCAAUAGCAUAAGGAACAUAGGAAUUUUUAUAUAAUGGAGAUAUUUUAAUUGAAGGAUAUAAGAUGUCAUUUGUAAAUGAAGUCUUUACUGAAGGUAAACAUACAGUUGUUGAUAAAUAUAUUCCUAAAAUAUUUAGUAAACCUAGAGAAGAAGAAAGAACUUAUGAUUUAACCUAAUAUAUGAAUAAGAAAUAAACAUUUUGGAGUUAUGAAAUAUCAAUAUUCAAAAACUAUUAACCUGAUAAUGAAGAACUAAUUGAUGAAUGUUUUGAAUAUGAUUUUUAAUCUUCUAAAAUUAAUAGAAUUGUACGAGAUCCUAAUGAAUUAUUAGAAGUAAAAGAACUUCUUAGAGAAUAUUAUCCUCAUAUAUUUGCUAGUUAUAAAUUUUAUGCUUCUACACUUAUUGGAUCAAGUGUAAUUAUUAUUUUAUCCAUUAUUAGAUACCUUGUAUAUCUUCAAAUGCAUUUUUUGAUUUCAUAGGAUAAACUACAGUUAUGAAUGAUAAAUUCAGACCUGGAGACAUUGAUUUAAAUUUUAUAUCUACAUCUAAUGUAAAGGAUAUUUUAUAUCCAAAUGUUUAUGAAAAAGCAUUGAUUAGAUAUUAAUUUAUGGAAGUCUUAGUUAGAAUCGCUUUAGAUAAAUAUACUAGAACUGGAAUUUGUAAAUCUAUGAAAUUAAGUGUUCUCAAAUUAUUUGAAGAUGAUUUAAUUAAAAUGAGAUUACAAGAAGUGGAUAGAGCUUAAGAUUGGAGAGAUCUUAGAUUAUGGAAUGAACAAUGUGAUCUAUUAAUUAGUAAUAAUUAUUUAUAUUAUUAUUAUAGAGGAUCGAUAACCUAUGCUCAAAUUAUUAUUUAAAUUUACAUCCAAAUUAAAUUCUAAAUAGAAAUUCUAUAAACAUACUUGGGUUUAAUUUAAAGAUUUUAGAGAUCUAUUAUUAAAAUGUGAUUUGUAUUGUGAUACCUUUGUUGAAAGAGAUGCCUAUAUUGCCUACUUAUUGUCUAUGCAAACCUAAGUUGAUGAAUUAUACAGUUUAAGACAUUUCUAAAUGGAAUUCUAUGAAUUUAUUGAAGCUUUAUGUAGAUGUGCUGAAAAAUUAUCUCUCAUUAGAACCAAAGAUACUAUGAAUUUAGAUGAUCGAAGAAUAGAACCAUUACAUAAAAAAAUUGAUGCUCUAUUUUUAAUUAUCUAUUUAAGAGCAAGUGACGCUAUCAAAUAAUAACUUAAAGAAUCUGAAGACUUUUCUGAUUUUGAUAGGUGUAUGACAAGAAAAUAAAAGAAUCUUAAAUAAUAAAUUGAAGAUAUGGGUAGUGAUGAAGAUGAUAAACCUUAUAAUCCUAUUGUAGAAUUGAAUAUUCUAGAAGAACAACUUAAACAAACUUAAGUUCAAACUGCUCCAUCUGGACCAAAAUUAAAAAAGGCUUUGUCUUUAUUUACUGUCUUAAAGUAAAUGUAAUAACAAAAGCAACUUAAAUCAAAUUUCUUAUUGACUAACGUUGUUUAAUACUUUAAAUAGAGAGAAGAAGAAGAAUAUAUGUAAAACUAGAUUGAUUAAAAUUGA